AUGGUACUGUUGCCGUCGAACGCGGACGAGGACGUCACCCGACCGGGGACGUCACCGUCCGCCAGCACGGAGCUCGCCAGCGAGGCCGCCCCGGUGAAGGUGGCCACCACCACCGCCAACAGUAAUCCCGUGGCUCGGCCAUCAUCGGCCCCGAAGGACGACAGGGUCACCGGGACGCAGGAGACACCACCACCGUCCCCACCGAGCGCGAUGGCCAGCGGCAGCGAGGACGUCGUCCCGCCGUCAGUGACGUCACAAUCAUCAACACAAUCAUCCGCGAGGCGCUCGGUGCCAUUCCUGGCCCGGCCACUGUCGCCGUACCGGCCGAGCCAUGCCCCGCUCAGCCUGGUUAACCCUUGCAUCACGUGCAACCUCUGCAAGGGUUACCUGAUCGAUGCAACGACGAUCGUCGAGUGUUUACAUUCAUUCUGCCACAGUUGCAUAAUGAAACACUUGCGCACCGAACAGUACUGUCCGCAGUGCGAAAUGAUGAUCAACAAAGCGAAGCCCAACAUCAAACCGGAUGCAACCCUUCAGGCGAUCGUGUACAAAUUGGUUCCGGGGCUGUACGAGAACGAGCUGCGGCGGCGGCGCGCCUUCUACCGGCUGCACCCGGAAAUGGCCGCCAUCGCGACACCGGAGCAGCGCGGCGAUGACACGGAGCAUCUUAUCUUCGGCCCGAACGAGAAGAUAUCGCUAUCGCUGGAGUACGCCGAAAAGGAGCUGGCUCAGGACAACGAGGAGCUACUGACACCGAAGUACCUGCUCUGUCCGGCACUUUUCUCCGUGGCGCACCUGAAGAAGUUCAUCGUCUUCAAGUACGGCAUCUCGGAGCGCCAGUUCUGCGUGGAGAUCAUGUACAAGGUGAAGACGAUCAUCCUGCCCGACUACUACACGCUGAUGGACGUGGCGUACAUCUACACCUGGAAGCGGGAUGCCCCGAUGAAGUACUUCUAUCGCAUCCGGACCACGGAAGUGUAUCCGGUCGAGCUGACGGACAUUCCGUUCCACCGGCGGCCGAGCGUCGCUAGUGGCGGUGACAGUAGCAGCAGCGAGACGGUGGUGUCCAAGGACGACGACGAGGAUGACAAGGAGAACAUCUCACAUCAUCAGCAGCGUGGGGCGGUGACGGCUCCACUCACCACGGAUACUGCACCUGCCGUGCCAAGCCACGGCGUCGGUGUCAAGUCCGCGCAGCGACGCCGAAGUGAGCUCCCGAAUGGUGCUGGGUCCGCCGAUCAACAGCAGCCACCCACUGUCAAGCCUACGCUGUCGACGAACCAGCAGCGACCGGGUACACCGGAUCCGAGUAGAAAGCUGGGCGGAGCUGCUGAGCCCACGAAUGGGUCGACCAGCACGUCGGGCACCCCGAUGGUGGCGCGAAAGAAUGAAGCGAUCAAGCUGAAGAUCGAGCUGAACAAGAACAAGUACAUCAGCAUUCUGCAGAGUCCGCAGGCGGACAUACCGGUCGCCCGGCCGGACAAGCCGGAGAAAGUGAAGCGAAAGAAGUCCGACAACGGCGGCGGUUCCUCAUCUCCUUCUGCGGCGUCCUCCUCGUCUUGUGGUAACGGUUCGGAGCUGAAGAUGAAGAUCGGCAAGAUCAAGUACCCGGCGGGUCCGGCGGGUGGCAAAGAAGGCAAGGGUGGCCGAAAGUCGAGCCCACCGUACAAGGUGGAGCAGCUCAGUCUGGGCUGCUUCGCCGAAACGGUGGCGGCCGACGAGGGCAAGAAGGCAUCCAAGAACUUCCCACUGUCCUCUGGGUCCUCCGCAGGCAAAAAGCUGAAAUCGCCAAAGUACCACCACCCGAUCGUGCUAAAGAUCGACCAGCGCACCCCGGACAUGGCCACCUCGACACUCAAGUUCGGUAUGAGCCCGAAGGACGUAAAGUCCAAGACGCCAUCACCGCCGCCACCGCUCCCACCGUUGCCACCGUCCCCGCCGGAGGUGGUCAACAAGUUCCAGGACGCCAAGUCGCAGUUCUUGAACGAGUUCAACCUCACACCAAUCAAUACCCGGCCGGACGGCGACGGCGACGAAAAGCCCCGCGAAUCGAAUGGCGGCAGUCGGGUUUCCGCAGCACGGACCGAUGCCACGCCGAAAGCGGGCGGCAGCUCUCCUCCGUCGAAGUCGCUGCCAUCGGUGAAAGCGGUGGCCACGAACGGGACCACUACGCCGGCCUCCCCAACAACCUCCUUGAAGCGCAAACCAAAGGACUGUGCGCAGCGACCGGGGCCGAAGAAACCCAAGCUCUCGGACGAAGAAGUGAAGGCGCUCGUGGAGAAAACGGUCGCGGAAAACAUCAACUCCCCGCGCGGUUGCAUGCUGUCGAUGAGCUACUUCAAACCGACCACCGCCCCACCGGCGGGGCGUCCACCAUCCAUUUCGCCACCGAUCACCGGGGACGAUUUCCGGUCGGCGGCGCCGAAGAAAGCGAAGAUUUCAGCCCCCGCACCGAAGCCUCCACGCAGCACGUUCAUGUUCCGGACCCCGAUGAUGCCUCCUCCGGCGCCACCGUCACCACCGAUCGUGUGCGCCAGUAAUAUUCCGGCCGUGAAGCCCACGCAGCAGAUCGUAAUCCCGGCACCCAUUCCGCUGAAGCCCGAUCCGGUUGAGUAUCCCCGGAAGGAGAAGGCCCCGGUCGCCGACGAAGGUCUGAUGAAGCAACCGUUGGUGAUCCCGCAGAGACGACCCACGAUGCCAACCAAGCUGCCGACCUCGAAUGCAACCUCCACCAACAACACACCCAAGGGGCCACCGAGUGCAGGUGUCAAACCGAAGCCGCUAGAGUUGAAACGCGCUCAGAACAACCCCUCGAUCAACAUCAAUCCGCCGGCACGCGACACCGAGAUCAGCAAGCUGCGCCCGGAGGACAUCAAGAAGAACGUGAAGGUGUACGGCCCACCGGCCGACGCCCCGAAGCCAGCCCAGCUCCGAACCGACGGCUUUGCGGUUCCCACGAGGACGGCUCCAAAGCCCUCCAGUAGCAGCACAUCGUCCAGUGCCUCCUCCUCGGCGUCUGCCCUCGGGGGUCACAACAAGGUACGGCCGGUCAACUACCUGAACUACGCGCAGUUCAACAGCAAGACGGCCCCGGCCGGCUCCCGGACCCCGAUCCCGUCGUACUCGCCGAGCUACUCGCCCGACUCGCCGCAGUACAGUCCGAACUUUAGCAUCUCCACCAAGCAGUUCCGGUACGCGAACCCGCUGGCGUACAGCAACUACCUGCUGAGCGAUCGCGAUCGCAAGUCCGGCGGCGGUGAGCUCAGUGUGUCGCCGCCGCUGUCACUAUCCCCGGCGACAUCUCCCGCGUCCUCACCAUCACCUCCACACUUGGGCGAUGGAGGGACUAAACCUGUCGCACCCAAACCCGCGACCGAUCGCAAGCGGCCUGCAUCGGCGAUGAGCCCCGAAACCACCACGACAACAACGUCUCCCACUAACAGCACCACCGGGGAGCUGCCAGCGGAGAAGAAACCGAUCGUGCAGUCGCUCCUGACCAAGAUCAACAUCCCGUCGUCGCUGUCGAUCACGCUGGCCACCGAGGAGGACGAGGUCGCCCGGCAAACCGCUCGGAAGAUGCGCGAAAGCGAUCCGGCCCACAACCACAUCCAGAUCGUGAAGCUACCCGAGAUCCCCAUCACCGAGGUGGCCCUCUCCACGUCGGGCCCAUCCACGACGGCGUCCGUUUCGGUGAGCUCCGGCCUAGCCGUGACCAUUACGCCGGCCCAGACGACGGCCCAGACGACGAACUCGACCGAUCGACGGACACCUCCCCAACAGCCAACGGCGAUGAAGCUGUCACCCGGCAGCACUGCGGGAAAGAAGGACGACGCCAAAGUGGUCUCACCCGGCGUACCGGCCACAUCGUCGCGGAAGUCACCCGAGGCAGGUCCCGAUGGGUACCAGCAAAAGUUCCUGGAUUCGAUCGAUAAGAAGCUGCUUUCCGGCAAGGGUGGCAAUACGGCGGCGCCCGCGGCGUCUUCCGGUCUGUUGGUCAAGUAUGGGGGAAAGGAAGCGGACACUUCGUCCACGGUCGUUACCGUCGCUUCUCCUUCGCCCGCCGGCAAGACUUCGGCCCCGAGCACGACGACAAGCCGCUUCAAGCACCCGAAUGCGACCGUCUUUAGCAACGGCAUCGUGAUGUUGUCCAGCUACCCCGAAGGCGAUCUGGCCACGAAGGGAGGGAAGGGAGCCCGCCCUUCGACCACUACCGCCAGCCCCACCACCAACACGACCACUUCCACUACCUCCAACACGAGCAGCAGCAGUUCGUCCAAAGGUCUGAUGCCUCCUCCGAAGGUGGCUGGACUCGCGGGUGCGCCGAAGCCACCGGCGACCUCUGAUGGCGGAGCGUCCAGCGCACCACCACCACUCCCACACCCGAAAGCCAUCUCUCCACCGAUCAUCUCCAAGAAGUCGAUCACGCCCGCUCUGUCGCUGCACAAGACGAAGCCUUCGCCUCCACCGAACGUGCCGUCGAUGGCCUCGAUGGGUCCGAUGUUCGGCAUCCAGAUGAAGUCGGACGCGAAUGCCGCCAUCCUGGCCGCCUCAUCCGGCUCGUCGUCGUCCCUACAAAAUACCACCACGACCAGCACCGCCGUCAGGCGCCAGUCGGUGGGUGGUUCGUCGAGUGUACCGCGUCGGAAGAUCGUGCCCACCAACAACAGCACCUCGCUGGUGCCGCUCAAAACGUCACCACCGUCGUCGGGUUCGAAGCCGUCACCUACGUCGGGUUCGAACAGUGCCGACUACAUCACGCUGACGCCGCAGACCUCGAAGGCGGCACACCCGAUGCUGAUGCCACCGCCACCGCCGGUGUCCGCCAGCUCGUACGGGCCCUCGAACACCAGCAUGCUGUACGAGAUGCUGAAAGCCCAGCACCACCAGAACCAGCAGCAGGCGGCCUUCGCCAGCCUGAUGGACAGUACGCUGAUGAUGAAGCACUACAACCUGCUGAUGCAGCAACUGUCCCAGAGCACCCACAACGGCCAGGGCUUGCUCGGGCAGGACUCGCUCACGAUCACGACAUCUCCGGUUUCCGGUGGUGGGUCGUCCGGAGGGAAACCAUCGCCAGCGGCGGCGGCCGCUCACCAUCAUCAGGCCAUGCUGCAGGCUCACCAUCUCCACCAGCAGCAGAUGCAGCAGAUGCAACAACAGCAUCAGGCGCAGCAGGCCCUAAAUUCGCUCACCGUCACCGCCAUCCGAAGCCCCAACGGGACUACGACGUCUGCGGGCUCCGGAUCGCCCAGACCGACCCCUCCGAAGGCCCUGGGGGGAGGCCUGCCGAUGCCGUCGCGUGGCCCCGGAGGAGCUCCCGGCGGUAACCCGUCGAACGGAACGGUUUCCUGA